GAGAGUUAAAACCUGUGUCAUUUACCCAAUCCCAACUACUUUGAUGAUGAUGGAACAGAUCAUUGGAUAUCUGAAGAAACCUUUUUUUGAUGAAUUGCUGUGUAUUACAUGUGGUCCCGCCUCAAUGUGACACAUAUAAGGAGUCCUCAGAGCACACAGUUUUCAUUAAUCAGAGUUUGACCAGAGUUACUUCUGCUGUGGACAUAUCCUCAUCUGCCUGACGAGCUUUGAGAGAGGUCUCAAGAUAAGAAUGGAGACGACCACUACCUCUUUCUAUCACAACAAUGCAACAAGUGCAUCUGGACAACAUGGACCUGACAAGUAUGCUGGACUGACAAAGUCUUUCCACACCAUGUCUGCCAUUAUUUACUCCCUGGCCUUCUUUCUUGGUGUGCUCGGGAAUGGAGUGGUUAUCUUGGUGACCGGGUUCAAGAUGAAGAAAACAGUUAACACAGUUUGGUUCCUCAACCUCGCUGUGGCCGACUUCCUCUUCACAGCAUUCCUGCCCUUCACUGUGACGUACGUGGCUUUGGAUUUCCACUGGCCUUUCGGCAACAUCAUGUGCAAACUGAACACCACUGUGACCUUUCUAAACAUGUUUGCCAGUGUCUACAUCCUGGUGGUGAUCAGUGUGGACAGAUGUGUGUCUGUGGUGUGGCCCGUCUGGGCCCAGAACCACCGAAACAUGCGCAGGGCGUCCUGUGUGAGUCUGGGUGUUUGGGAUCUGGCUCUGAUUUUCAGCGCUCCAUACUUCCUCUUCAGGGACACUGGACUAUAUCACUGCAAUGAAAGCAUUAACACCAUCUGCGCUGACAACUUUUCCCCUUCUUAUGAUAAUGGAACACCAGCGGGACAGUUUCGUCAUCAGGCCGUGGCCAUCACUCGCUUCCUCUUGGGAUUUGUUGUCCCCUUCACUGUCAUCAUCUCCUGUUAUGCUGUGAUAAUCCAUCGUCUCAGGAGGAGCCGCACCUUGGCCAGCCAGUCAAGUCGGUCCUUUAAGAUCAUUGCUGCUGUUAUCAUCACUUUUUUCCUGUGCUGGGCUCCUUAUCACAUCAUGAGUCUAAUUGAGAUGGUUCAUUUCACAGGUGGUGAAAGUGAAACAUUACGCCAUGUCAUUGCUAUCAGUAUGCCUGUAGCCAAGAGCCUGGCCUUUCUCAACAGUUGUCUGAACCCACUGCUGUAUGUGUUCAUGGGCCAAGAUUUCAAGGAUAAAAUCCGCAAAUCCAUCCUGAAUAUAUUGGAGACUGUCUUCCAGGAGUAAGUUUCUCACCCUUACAUCCACACAAACUCAGUGGUCACGAGAAGAAGUCCCUCUCCGAGCUACAAGGUUGAUUUGGACAAAAAAAAAAUAAAAAUACUGUAACUGCACAUAAGAAAUAAUCUUUAUACAAAUAUAAUUGUAUCUAACAUUUCUUUUAGCAUAAUAAGUGCAUUAAUUACUAAUCUUUACUAUAACUAAUUAUAUUUCUAACAUAGCAGUUGUAUAGUUUUCUUAGCUUGGUUUUCCAUUGUUCCUCAACUUGCACAACAUACAGUAAAAUGACAGGCACACUUAUUCUUUGUGUUACAGUGGUCAUGAAUAUUGUGAUAUGUAACAUGAACCUGUCUUUUAAAGCUUUAUCCAAAUGUACAGUGGACUGAGGUAAAUCUCAGUCCAAGGACAGCAAACAUUAGAGGGAAGAAAGAAAGACAGGAACACAGUGAUUCUCAGCCUUUACUUGUGCAAAAAGCAGUUAUUUUACAGCAUGCAUUAAAAUGUAAUGAGUAGAAGUGCAUUUAAGAGCACAAAAAUGUUGUUGAUUGCGAAUCAGUCAGCAUGGUCCAGUCUGUCUUCCCUUCUUAGAAUAUUAAAGUCAGGAAGUGGGUACCUCAUCAUUGGAUAGGCUUUUUUCAUAGCUUUCACAUGAUGUCCUAUUGGUCUGAUGAGGUUCAUUAAUAUUCAUGAUAAGUGUGUUUGUUUUAUUUUGUUUUGUUUAUCCAUUUUAUUUGUAAAAUAGUUUGAACACAGAAUUCAUGAUAACUUGUUGGCUUGGAUGUAAGAUAAAACCCCACAAAUAUACCUGUAUCUCAUAUGUAGUUCACAUAUAACUCAUUAUCUCUGUAUUAUGAUGACCGUCUUUAGUCAUGACAUGACAACAGAUGAUCAUAACAAUAAAGACUGCCUAUAUUUACAACAUUAUGUAAUAUAGUCCGAUGAAACGCUAAAAUAAGAAAACAUGAGACAAUAAGAAAUGAAAUGUAAAAUAUUGCAUCUGAGAGUGAAAUUGUAUUUGUUGCUGUGGUGUGACCAAAGGUUGUACAGCUACAUGAAAUAUACACACAUGCAUGAAAAUACAACAGCAUGCAGUAGCCUGGUAUGAGAGCAAUAUGACAAUAUUAAAAGAAAAAGUGUUGUGCAGUGGUUCUGAUAUAUACUAAUAUUACUGUGAAGUGUAUAAAAAAAUUAUUACUUUUAAGCACAUUCUGUAUUUUAAAAAACACAGAGCAACACCAGGUGGUACUAAUGGCUCUUUUACAGUAAAUCUGCAAACUAAAGUGACUACACUGUAUCACCAUUUUGGCAGUGGAGCUCCCCUCGCUGGUGAGUGAGAGCACUGCUGUCACUCACAACACUACAAGAGAUUGAAAAAGUCUCAGCAGCAGUCUUAAAAUCAUUACUCUGUAGCAUUUACCUCAGAGCUGAAAACAUUCUCCAUGUCAUUGUCAUUAUUUUCACAAAGUUAAGCCCCAUUUUUAACACAAUUUCUGAUCUAUUAUUCUCUGCUACAGCCACUCAUUGUAUUUAGAUAUAGAAAUAAACCAAAACCAAGAAACCAUUAACUCAC